AUGGACCGGAGUCACAACAUCAGUGAUUAUCCAGAAGCCGCGGCCGUCAGUCACACGCCCCAAGAACAGGACCUCGGAGCCGCGCCCCGUCAAUAUGCGCCCUACCAACCCGCCCCAUCGGCCCCAGACCCCUUCGACGCCUCAAUCCCCGAACACCUAGAUUCGACUCACCAGUUCCACCACCAGUAUGAUCACUCGCGAGACUUCCCACCACCGCCGACGACGAUGCAACCCGAACCGUUUAGGAAGAGUAAAUGGAAGGACAAGUCGUCCUCGCUGCUGAACAAGAAAUUGAGUAAGAAAUGGCAGCGGAGACUUUACUGGAUGGUGCCUCUUGGUAUCCUGACCGUUGUGUUCUCUGUGUUAUUUGAGGUUUAUAAAAAGGAUUUCGAGCGCUGGGUUAAACCGCUGACGGACUGGCUCCGGGACAGGGAGGCGUGGUCCUGGACACUGCCUACACUUAUUUUGGUGAUUCUUAGUUUUCCGCCGUUGUUUGGGCAUGAGAUUGUGCAGCUUAUUGUUGGUCUGACGUAUCCGCUUGGCGUUGCUAUCGGGAUUGCGUGUGCGGGUGCUGUUCUUGGAGAAGCGGCAUGUUUUGUUGCCUUCAAGUAUUUGUUCACCGAGUACGUUCACAAGAAAAUCGACCAACAAGUCAAGUGGGCAGCCAUUGCUAGAGUCACCCAGGAAGCUGGAUUUCGUGGUGUGUUGGUAAUCCGAUACAGCAUUGUUCCCCCACAUCUUGCGAAUCCUCUAUUUUCAUGCACAGGCAUGAAAUUUUGGGUCUACAUGGCUACCGUGUUCCUUUCCCUCCCUAAAUCCAUGGUCUUCGUAGCACUCGGAUCACCCAGCUCCGAGGGCUCGAAAGCCGCGAAAUGGGGAAAGGUAGUUGCGAUAGGUAUCGUAGUGAUAAUCAGCGGCAAGUCACCUUUUCUCGCAAUGCCAUCCAUCAUUGUGUUAUUCGCCAGCUGGUGGAUCCGCAAGAAGCUGAUUGUUGCUACGAGGGAGAUCAAAGCGGAGCGGGGAGUAACCGGCGGUGAAGACGAAGAGUACCAGAUGUUGACUCCGCCUACACGUUCAGAUGGAGAUGAGACGUCAUAUCAUGGUGUAGAAAGUACAGCGCCGAGUACUUAUGAGGUGGCUGCGACGAGAUAG